UGUGUUCAGUGAUGAAUGUAAGUCACGUGACUCUCUCCUGGUACAAAGGAAACAGUUUAUUGUCCAACAUCAGUGUGUCUGAUCUCAGCAUCAGACUCUCUCUUCCUCUGGAGGUGGAAUAUCAGGAGAAAAACACCUACAGUUGUGUGUUGAACAACCCCAUCAGCAACCAGACGAGACACAUGGACACCAGUGAACUUUGUCGGCCAUGUCCAGCUCCUCUGCCGAUCCCUGUCAUCACCAGGGACUCUCUAACAUGUUCUUCAUCAUCAUCAUCACAGCAGAAUUGUUCACUGUUGUGUUCAGUGGUGAAUGUGAGUCAUGUGACUCUCUCCUGGUACAAAGGAAACAGUUUAUUGUCCAGCAUCAGUGUGUCUGAUCCCAGCAUCAGUCUGUCUCUACCUCUGAAAAUGGAGUAUCAGGAUAUAAACACCUACAGCUGUGCAGUGAACAAUUCCAUCAGCCACCAGACCACACAUCUGGACAUCAGUCAACUCUGUCAGACAUGUUCAGGCCCUGUCCACUGCUGCGGUUUUACUGAAACUGUGAUCCGAUUGGCUGGCUCUGUUCUGGUGGGCGUGGCUACUGUUGCUGUGCUGGUUUAUGACAUCAGAUCCAGAAGAUCUUAUCCGAAGACGAGAGAGCAGACGAGAGAGCAGACACCACGUGCAGAUGAAUAUGAUGAUGUUGCAUAAAUUCACCAGGGGGCGAUAAUGUUACUCUGUUCUUUAUUCUUUUUUAGGAAUAUAAAUAAGGAAUAUUCCAGGUUAAAUGCAUCUAAAAAUCAGUUGACAGCUUGCAUGCUGUUAAUCAUACAUACAGGAUAAUAAAAUCGACAGUAAUAAAAACAUGAAAACCAAUGCUUUAAUGUACACUUUUUAAGUGUUCCCUAAGUUGUCAUAUUACCAUCUGGUGGUUAUU